AUGCCCAAUGCGGCGGUGAUCCCAGAGGCCGACGCAUGUUCCCAUUCGUUAGUGAAGAAUACACCAAGGGAUCAAGUGAAGACUGAAGAAGGUCACACCGCCAUGGCCGUGCGAACUACCAGUUCCGACGGCGAAAAGGCGAUUCCAGCAGCCGAGAGCCGACCUCAAGACGAAGGAAACCUGGUGACGCCGGAAGAACGAAAUCGUCGGGAUAAACGAGACUACGGGGAGUUUCUGAAAGCCCAGAUUGCUCUUAGGAAAGAACGCGACCGCGCGGAAAGAUCACAUGUAUGCAGGGUCAAUCCUCCUGGGACCACACAGCGACGAUACGAACCGACGGUUCUCAUGGAAAGUGUCGCUUACCAAAACGGCCAGGAGAGAGAACGAAACCGAGAACCCUCUUCAUCCUUCAGCCGAUCCUUCCCAGGCUCGGGACAAGGCGACGCCGGAGAUGACGAUGUGCACCAGGAGAGGGACGGAGAUAAAGCCGCUAACCGACUCAAGCAACAGAGAGAAUACGGAGAGUUCCUGAAGAAGCAGGUGGAGCUGAAGAAGCUAGAGAGGGAGAGGAAAAGGGAACAGGAAGUCGCUGAAGAAAAGAAAUUGCUCGAACUUGCUCGCCGCAUGGAACUAACCGAUUCAACGAGUUACUAUCCUAGCGAGGCUCGUCGUCGCGGGCGUAGCCGCGUAGACCUUCAAGGGUUCAAAGGGUUAAAUGCGGCAUGGCGUGACUCCAAGGUCGCCAUCGUUGGAGAUGGUCCCGACAGUCUCGCCAACAUCUACUCAGAAAAGAGUGGUGACUCCCCUAAUGCAGGAAAGGCUCUUGGUGUUGACCUUUCUAACGGCGAACGAAGCGCCAGCAUGAUGGUUCAGUCUCGCCUUUCCAAAACGACAAGCAAUGCAGUAAACGAUACGGUGACUGAAACCCACUGCGAGACGGAACACCCCGAUGGAACAAUGUUCAGAGCCGAUAACGUGACUGAGGGCAGAGUGGAAGGCGUAAGGGACGAUCGUGGUUUGAGGCGGUGCCAAAAGUUGAGUAGCAAGAAGCUUUAUCAACAAGCCCUGGAUGAACAGAUUCGAGAAAAAGAGGCGCGAAAAGAAAAGGAAAAACAGGAGAGACUGAAAGAGCAAGCAGAGGAACGCCGGUUGCUGGAUGAGGCAUUUCAACAGGAGAAACGGAUGAUGCGUUUGGGACGGAGACCAGCCAAAUCGUUUGAAGAGGACGGCGAAGCCUUUCGAGCACCUUUCUAUCCCAAAGCUUCUGAGGCGUCUUCCUCACAAGCGGCGGACUUACGUCACGCCUCUUCGCCAUCUGCGCGAACUACUGUGGCCGUGACGCCGCCUCCUCAGAGCAUCCAACCUUCCAGUCGACGUGACACAGGGUUGGCAAGCUCCGAUGAACAAACCGGCUCUGUGAAUCGGCAGUCCUCGAACGUCAGAGGACAGAAUGCGCUUGCAACUUGGGAGCCUAGCAAUGAACGACAGAAGGAAACAGGAUCGACAGAACAGAAGAAAGAAGCGCUCGCCGAGCAACUUCUUCAGCUCGCCCGGAGCUUGACUGCUCCUUCUUCGGAUUCCACCAGCCACACUCAGGAAGUCGCUGCGGGUCCCCUCGCGGCUCCCGCCACGCAGCCGUUGCUGGGAAAGAGUGCCCAAGGCUUGCUGGCUCCAUUCCUGAUCCAGGCGCUAGAAGAACAGGAACCACGAACGAGCGAAGAGCAAAAAGGUGGAACCGGAGGUCUUGCAGAAGAAUCGGGUGAUUCCAAGGGUGAGCAGAGGCUCGACCAGGGAGGACGGACCAGCAGAGGGCGCGGUGAGCUUUCGGUGAGACUGGAAGCCGCUGAAAGCCUUCCAGAACGAGGAGACGAGACCGGCGGCGGGCGGCGGAUUGCGACGAGAAGCCCGCCGGUGCCCGCCAUUCGAGCCAGACAGCGGCAUCCAGGCGAAGACGGAGAAGCGGUCGACGGACGUGCCUCUCGAAACGCACAACGGUCAGAAGAAGACUGUGGACCCGGUGAUGUGCGGUCACGUUUCAUCCGAAUCGACGACGUGAUUGACACUUUCGCGCGGUCUCUGACAGGUGAAUCCAGAAGCCGCAGAGGCGCUCAUCCGUGUCCAUCUGUUUCUUCCUCUCCGUCCUCUCCGUCCCCCUGCCACUGGUGGUACGGGAGACCCGACGAGGAACAGAUGCCCACUGAAACUUAUGGUCUCUCCCUGUCCACAGAGUAUUCUAACGCUUUUGGUAAUGCAACGGCCUCUCUUACGCUCCGAGUUUCCUCGGCUACAUCUUCAAAGACUCGAGGUCGCCGUAGAGGCUGUUCAGAAUCUCGGUGUCCGUCGAGGGAAACCGAGCGGCGCGACUGCCGAGCACAUUGUUGGCACGACCACGGAGUCAAUUUGGAAAAGUUGCCCCAGGCCAUUCGAGGCCGUUUUCUCGCAAUUCGUAACCUGGAUAAUCUUGCGGCUCCGACCUUCUCCUUUGACGAAUGGAGCUGCACUUCGCCAGGUUCGGACCAGGAGUCCGUCUUUGAGCCUGCUUGUCCCCCCGUCCCCGCCUCCUGUUCUCCAGAUAUCCUCCCCGGUGUUCCCGUGCGAUCUCUGCCACGUCUAAAGAGGAAGGCGUUCAGUCUGUCUCUGCCUUCGCGUAGUUUGCGUCUGGGACUCGCUCCCCCCGCCCCGUCUUUCGACGGCAGGGUGGCCAACCACAAGAAACGGAGCAAGAGACACGGAAAGGCGGCGAGGCAAGAUGCCUCCAAGAGCCCAGGCAUGAUGUUUCUAGACCUCCUUCGAAGUCGCAGGGCGCAGGUGGAACGCCUUCAGAGAACAGGAGAACCGCUGAGGGGAACAGACCGCUUUCGCGGUCGUCUAACUUGGGAGGAGGAUGUGAUGCUCGCAGUGAGGCCAGAGUGCCCGUUAGACGCCGUGGCUCGGGCGCUGGCGGAAACCCCGACAGAGGGGAGGGAGACGAAGCAGACGAGAAAAGACACAAAACCAAAACGGUGGAGCGUUCUGCGAGGCGCGGUUAAACUCGGCCACCGGUUCAGCAGAAAAAGAAUUUCGUUUGCUCCGGAAACCCAACGCUUGCAGGACCCGUCGGAAGAAAAGAGUGGUCUGGGAGAAGAGGACCAGGCAGAAGAAAAAGAAGCGACAAACAAAGCGCAAGAGCGGGUUCCACAUGAAGACAAAGGCCACUCUGGGGACGAGAACCUCGGAGACCCUGCAUUUGACCAGAAGGCAAACGAGCCGCCUCAGAAACGUCCUACUGAUUCAGCUGGCGAAUCGAAAAGAAAGAAAAAGUAA